AUGUCAUCUAUCGACGUUACAGAAAUUUUGAAGGCUUCCACUGAGGAUGUUCCUCCCAAGCGAAGUCGAAUAGAUGCUACAAAUUUGACAGCAGCAACUGCAAAUGCAGAUGAUAUAUUAGCAGCACUAGAACAUGACGUGUCGCAAUCUGUAGUAGUUGAUGAAGUUACCGUUAAACGAAUUGUUGCACAGCUUGAGAAACGAUGUUUGAGAAAUCGAGAAAUGCGAAUUAAAUACGUUGAGGAGCCAUCAAAAUUCAUGGAAAGCGAAAUUGAGUUGAAUGAAACAGUGCAGGAAAUGCAUGCAAUUGCUACAGAGCCUAGCUUGUAUAGCUUGCUUGUAGACCUUGGAGCUUGUAAACCUCUUCUGCAACUAUUAACCCAUGAAAACUCAGAUAUCGUCGCGGCUGUUAUCAAUCUUUUACAGGAAUUGACAGAUGUCGAUACGUUGAAUGAAGGUAAUCAUGGUGCAGCAAAACUGAUUGAUACAUUAGUUGCCGGCCAACUUAUUGAAACUUUGGUACAACAGAGCAUGGAGCAUUUGGACGAGAAUGUGAAGGAUGAAGCAGAUGCAAUUCACAAUGCUUUAUCGGUUGUAGAAAAUGUCCUGGAUUUUCGUCCAGCUUUUGCCAAUGUUUGUGUCGAGCAAGGCUUAUUUUCAUGGCUUCUUCGUCGUGGAACAUUACGAGGACCCUUGGAUGCUAAUAAAAUGUUUGCCAGUGAAUUACUUGCUUCGCUUUUACAGUCAACUGAGCUGGCUAGAAGACGUUUGACAGAAAAAAUUGAUGGAUUUGAUCUCUUACUACGAGCUUUGGCUACUUACAAACGUCAUGAUCCAGCGAGUAUGGAUGAACGGGAACAUAUGGAGAACUUGUUUGAUGCUGUGUGUGCAGCACUUAUGUAUGGGCCAAACAGACAGAAAUUUCUAGAUGGUGAAGGUCUGCAGUUGAUGAAUCUCAUGUUAAGAGAACGUAAACAGUCUCGGGAAAGUGCACUAAAAGUGCUAGAUUACGCUACAAAUGGUGCAGAAGGGAAAUCUAAUUGCAUAAAAUUCAUUGAAAUUCUGGGGUUGCGGACAAUUUUUCCUCUAUUCAUGAGGACUCCUUCAAAGAAAAAACGAAAAGAUUCAACACCAGAUGAACAUGAAGAGCAUGUUUGUUCGGUCUUGGCUUCUUUACUACGAUCAUGUAAUGAUGAAGGACGCAAUCGAAUAUUUUCGAAAUUUUGCGAACAUGAAUUUGAGAAAGUAGAUCGUGCUAUCGAGCUUGUACUGAAAUAUCAAGAGCGUGUUGACCGUUUUGAAGCGUGUCAAGCGAGCAAGAUGUCAAGAAAACAAUCUGAUGAAGAAAUAGAGCUGUUGUAUUUAGACAAAUUAGAUGCUGGUCUGUAUACGUUGCAGCGAAUCGCAUUAAUUAUUGCAGAUGUAUGUGUGAAUGCUACUUCUGGUUGCCGUAAUCGAGCCCUUAAGUUAUUGCAAAUGCGCACUGGAAAUGCUAAAAUUAGCAAAUACAUCGUCCCGAUUCUGGAAGAUUAUGAAAUUAAUUUGGGUGCUGAGGCUGAUGAAGAAAGAAAACGUAUACGUCACCUUAUUGCACGGUUAACUACUACUGAUAAGAAUUAA